ACGCUGCCACGUCAAGUUUGUCGGUGUCGAAUGAAGUGGCAGAUUUCGGCAUUUUAAAAAGCUUCGUCUUCCGAGUAGUAGGUUUAGAUCUGGAAUAGAGCCGUCUCAAAAUGCGUUUCUUAUUUUUUGCGGCUGCGAUAGCCCUUCUGGGCUGCGCGCUCGGAGACGAGGUGACCACGGAAGAAAACGUUCUUGUACUCGGAAAAGCCAACUUUGAUGGUGUAGUGUCCAAGAACGGCAACCUCCUAGUGGAAUUCUACGCGCCAUGGUGCGGUCACUGCAAGUCGCUGGCGCCGGAGUACGCCAAGGCGGCCACCAAGCUGCUUGAGGAGGGCUCGGACAUCAAGCUGGCCAAGGUGGACGCCACGCAGGAGCAGGAGCUGGCAGAGACCUACGGCGUGCGCGGCUACCCUACGCUCAAGUUCUUCAAGAACGGAAACGCCAUUGACUACACAGGUGGCCGCACUGCUGAAGACAUCAUUGUCUGGCUGAAGAAGAAGACCGGUCCCCCCGCCCACGAGAUCAAGUCUUCCGAGGAUGCCAAGGAGUUCAUUGCCUCCAAGGAUGUGGUCAUCAUUGGUUUCUUCCCCGACCAGGAGAGCCCUAAGGCCAAGACUUUCAUCAAUGUUGCCAGCAUCAUUGACGACCAUCCUUUCGGACUUGUCACUGAUGAGAAACUCGUCAAGGAGCUGGAAGCCGAGUCUGGAGACAUCAUCCUGUUCAAGAACUUCGAGGAGCCCCGUGUCAAGUACGAGUCUGCGGAGGUGGACGACGAGCUGCUGAAGAAGUGGGUGUUCAUCAACUCCCUGCCGCUGGUCGUGGAGUUCUCGCACGACACCGCCGGGAAGGUGUUCGGCGGAGAGAUCAAGCACCACCUGCUGUUGUUCCUGUCCAAGAAGGAGGGUUCGUUCGACAAGUACGUGGAGGAGCUGAAGCCCGUGGCGAAGGCCUACAGGGACAAGAUCAUGACCGUCGCCAUCAACGUCGACGAGGAGGACCACAAGAGGAUCCUGGAGUUCUUCGGCAUGAAGGAGGACGAGGUGCCGACCGUGCGACUGAUCGCGCUCGAGCAGGACAUGGCCAAGUACAAGCCGCCCACCGACGACCUCAACGCCAACACUGUCGAGGAAUUCGUGCAAGCCUACCUGGCCGGUUCCCUGAAGGUGCACCUCCUCAGCGAGGACCUGCCCGCCGACUGGGACCAGACGCCCGUGGUCACGCUCGUCGCCUCCAAGUUCGACGAGGUGGUGUUCGACACUAGCAAGGACGUGCUCGUCGAGUUCUACGCUCCCUGGUGCGGCCACUGCAAGCAGCUCGCCCCCAUCUACGACAAGCUCGGCGAGCACUUCGCCAAGGACGAUGACGUCAUCAUCGCCAAGAUCGACGCCACGGUGAACGAGCUGGAGCACACGAAGAUCAAGUCGUUCCCCACCAUCAAGCUGUACACGAAGGACAACCAGGUCAAGGAGUACAAUGGAGAGAGGACGCUCGACGGGUUGAGCAAGUUUGUGGAGACGCGCGGCGAGUCGGCCGACGCGGCGCCUAGCGUGAGCGAGGACGACUACGAAGAGGAGCAGGCGCCGAGAGACGAGCUAUAAGCUCGCACACUUCCAUAGCAUAGUCCUGUAUAGAUUUAUAUUUACUUUUAUACCUUAACCUAUCUGCAUUUGCUAGACUGCUGACUAAUAAGAUUCCUUUAUUUGUUGAGGUUGUACUUGUGAAUUACUUAAUAAUUGAUAUUGUUAAGGCAAAUAUGAACGUUUUAUUUGUCGACCAUAUUGGAUCUCCGUUUAAUUCGCCUCCGGAUUUAAUUUUAAUUAAUUCAUUAUAAGCAUAAUUUAUUUUCUCAGUAACAUCAGCGGUACUUUAGGUUAUUAUUAUAGUAAUUGUAUUUAUAAUUUCUGUAUCAUGAUGAUAGAUCUUUUUAUUUCUUUUCAUACAUUCCGGCUUUUUUUAGUCCAGUACAAUGUUGUAUCGAACAAGAAUUGUGUUGUGGUGUGGGACGUGGCAUUUUUAUAUUUUUAAUGAAAUUAUGUAGUUGGUUGUUGCAUUACUUCAUCACAAGAGAUAUUUUUAUAGGGCUGUUCUAUUUUCGAUUGUAAGAGCUAUUUUUGUACUCGUUUCAUCUUUAUUCGUUUGUUUCUUCCUCGAUCUCUUCAGAUCUUGUUUUACUAAUUGAAUUACUGUUAAUAAUGAAAGUAAAUGCAAUAUUUAUUAGAAUUUUACUUAACUGUGUUUAUUGAUGUAAAUACAUAAUAUCCACGUAUUGUUAUUGCCAAAUUCUGUCUUGUAUCAAUUGUGGAUACAGAAAUUCAUAAAUAAAUAUUUAAAAAUUA